CUGGGAACUCAUGAUCAUGCCGUCUAUACUUCUAUCUAUCGAUUAUCGCCGUGCGCCGAAGAGUCAUCGCAAGCUUUCAAUCAGCAGAUUGGUUAACUUUCAAGGCGUUUCUCACGCCGACGCCUUUCCUCAUUUCUCGUCCUUCACCUCGAAGACUUCUCUUAGCCUCUGGCUCCUUACAACAAGGCUUCAUCGAUUCUGUUGGUUAUUGGCACAUGGAAAACCAGGUCGUGUUUGGUAGCGAUCUCCAAGCAAUGCAGGGUCGUCUUGACACCCAUAGGAUGUCCUCGGACGGGCAUUCCAUCCUUCCAGCGAUCAAUGCUAUCCCUGCCGAAAUCUUGAUCAACAUUUUUCGAUACUUCCAACCUGCCUACUUUGGGCCGAAAUGCGACAUACCUCCAAUCGUUGACCUCAUUCGCGUCUGCAAGCACUGGCGAACAGUCGCAUUGAAUGAAUCCUCUCUUUGGUCGACAAUUAACUUGGAUAACCCGAAGCAUUUUCAUGUCACCAUGGUUCGCCAAUGGCUCGAGAGGUCUAAAGCCUGCCCCUUGAUAUUAUCGUUAAGGGUGUAUCAUCUUCAUGAAGCGGAAGAGAUGACCGUUCUGGUGGAGACAGUACUGUCUAUUUUUAUACAACAUCUCUGUCGGUGGAGCUCCAUCGCUCUACAUUUGGGGAACGUUCCAAUUCGUUCACAAUCGCCUCUCCUGAACCUUCCCGUAUCACACUCAGCGGCUCCGCUCUUGGAGAAAGUACACAUUUAUCACAUCGGCAGCUCCACGCCUGAAGUUUGCAGGACCCUUUGGAAAGCUAUUGGUAGUUAUCCCUCAGUCCGAUCCGCCGAAUGGAUCGAGGGAAAUGAUCUAGGGACAUGCCUAUCUAGCGUCCUGUCGGCACCAUGGAAAAACCUCAUUCACCUGACUUCUCGGUUCCUCCUUGACGAUGCUUUUCUGAAAUUUCUUGCUGGUUGCCCAACUCUCGAGUUUUUACAUAUCAUCUCCCUCCACGAAUCAAACUCCCCCUUAAACCCUCGACCUCGUAUAUCCCUUCCAUCUCUCCAUACACUAAGUUGUUCAUCAUAUCCUUCCAUUCCCUUAUCUCAACUCCUGGACCACCUCGAGGUCCCGAAAUUGACCUCUCUCAUAUUGAACGAUUACUGUGGUCAAUGGAUCAGCUUACUCGAACGCUCCGCCUGUCGUUUACGGGAUCUAUCGAUAUACGUUCGUGCAUGGCCUGAGGUGGAUAUAAGUCAAUUAUUACUGUCCUCCCCCAUGACACAUGUAGAGAAGCUGGAUGUGACCCUUGCGUCCUCCAAACUGUCGGCAGACAGCAUUCUCCAGGCCCUUACUCAAAAAGAAGGAGUUACUUCCUUACCUUCCUUACGGCAGCUCAAACUAUAUCUGAGUGGUUUCCAGGCCGGAUUGCUUUCGACCAUGUUGGAGUCACGCCUCUCGGACUCAUCAUGUUCGUUGAGGAAAAUAUCUUUAAAUUUGAGUCUUGGUCGAUCGGCCCGCAAUGGUGGUGACAGUGCAGACAUAGAGUUCUUGAAGAAUCUGAAGAUUGAUGGGGUUGACCUUGAGUAUUUUCUUUGAACUUUCCGCAUCUAAUGUAGUGUUCGUACACGAAAUCUUUGUUGCCAUAUCUAAAAAGAAAUGCGGACUCCACUAGUCCUACCUUCUAUCAAUAGUAUUACAUCCGGGCCACCGUCUACAAAUCUAUCUGCCUUAAGAGGUGUUCCGACG